UUCACACUCUUUCCCUUUCUCCUUCUCUUUCUCUUUCUCUGUGCAAGGAAGAAAAGGUCUCUGAUCCUUCUCUGCUUCUUUAAAUACAUGAGUUUCCUUUUUUACAAACUUUUCCUUCAAACCAUCAUCCCCAAAACAACUCUGAUUACUUACUUUCUCUUCGCCUGCAAUUCUUUCUUUUUUUGUAUAAUCUGACUGCUUAAUGGUUAUAGUUUCUGCAAGUUUUUUCCUUUUUCUAUCAAACCUAGACGGAUCCUAUUAAAAAGCCUAUAUUUCUCUUCACUCGCUCCCUCUUUCAAGUUUCACACACACACACAUCAACACACCAUGCAACUUAAUCAUGAGGCUCUCAUGAUAUAAUCACACAACGCUUUCCUUCACUUCCUUUUCGGCUCUCUUCGUUUGUUCAACUUCGAAGUUUUAAACCCACUUUUCCUGUCGAUUUUCUUUGCCUUUUUCUUGUUUUGGCAGUAUUUUGCGUACGCUUCUCUUACAUUCAUUCUCUCUAUUUUAAUCUCUUGUCUCUGUUAGCACAUCCUCCAGGGGAUUUUUGACUACGAUCUUCACUCUUUCCUUAUGUUCAUCAGCUCAAAAACCAUAAUGAUAAACUCACCUUUGCCUGAUCUAUCCUUGCAGAUUAGCCCACCGCCCGUUUUAGAUUGUAAAGCUAAGGAAAUGACUUACGAUGUUUUAUCAGGAAAAUUAAUCUAUAGUGAUAGGAGCUCGACGACUGAUUCCGGGAGCAGCGGAAGCGAUUUGAGCCAUGAAAAUGGAUACGGUAAUCCAGGCCUUGGAGCACCGACGUUGAGCUUAGGGUUUGAAAUGGCAGAUUUAUGUUCUCCCCAUUUACAGCAACCAAGAAACCUUAAUAAUCGUCAUGAUCAUCAGCAGCAGCAGCCUUAUCAGCCUCAAAUCUAUGGUCGUGAUUUCAAGAGAAAUGCAAGAAUGAUCAAUGGAACUGUGAAAAGAAGCGUCAGAGCUCCCAGAAUGAGAUGGACUACAACACUCCAUGCCCAUUUUGUUCAUGCAGUCCAGCUGCUUGGAGGCCAUGAAAGAGCAACACCAAAAUCAGUCUUAGAGUUGAUGAAUGUCAAAGAUCUAACCCUAGCUCAUGUGAAGAGUCACUUGCAGAUGUAUAGAACAGUGAAGAGCACUGACAAAGGACCAGCUGGCCAAGGGAAGACAGACAUGAGUUUGAACCAAAGGAUGGGAAUUGUUGAUUUGGACGGAACACCAUCUUCUGCAAAGGCAGAUCCUAACGCUUCUUAUUCUCUCAAACUAUCAACAACAUCACCACCACAAACUGUACCACAAAGGACCCAAAGCGGUUCAUGGCUAUCCUCAACGGAGACACUUAAUUUGAGCAUAUCAAACUAUGGGCACGGCUUGAUUUUCGAGCCAAAUAAUGCAAAGGUUGAUGGAGACAAGGCAGUGCUUCAAGUCUCGGACAGAAUGAAGGAAAGAUUAGAUUCCGGCAACUUGUCACCUUCAGACAUGUUCCUUAACCUAGAGUUCACCCUCGGAAGGCCAAGCUGGCAAAUGGACUACGCUGAAUCUUCAAAUGAGUUAGCUCUUCUCAAGUGUUAGACGCCACA